AUGACCUGGAAUAUUAGGGGUUUUGGGAAACCAGGGAAAAGAAGGAAAAUUAAGGGGUUGCUCAAGGAGAGAAGAGUUGAUUUGGUGUUUUUUCAAGAAGUCAAGAAAGAUAGGUUGUCAAGAGAAGAAGUUCGUUCGAUUUGGCCUGAUGAUGAUUUUGAUUUUAUGAGUGUGGAUGCAGUUCGUUUGGCUGGUGGAAUAUUGUGUGUUUGGAGAGCUUCGUUUUUUGUAUUAUCAGAGUGUUGCAGUUCUAGGUGCUUCAUUUUGUUAUCAGGUACUAUCCUACCAGACUUUGAAUGUGUAUUUAUUAAUGUCUAUGCACCGAAUGAUGUCUCAAGGAGGGGUCAGUUGUGGAAUGUUAUUAGCAAUUUAAAGUCAGGUUUUCCUACACCAUGGUGUUUGGGAGGGGACUUUAAUGAGAUUAGGUUUGUAGGGGAAAGAAAAGGCUGUACAAGAAGGGGUAGAGGCAUGAUAGAAUUUAAUAAUUUUAUUGAAGGGUUGGAAUUGUUGGAUCUGCCAAUGUUCGGUAGACAAUUCACAUGGAGUAAUUCAGGGGAUGGGGGCAGGUGGAGUCGUAUUGAUCGAGUUCUAUUGUCAUCUGAAUGGUUGGUAAAAUUCAAGUUGAAGUUGUGGGGUUUACCAAGGGGUGUUUCUGAUCAUUGUCCUUUACUUUUAUUGGAGGAUGGGAGGGAUUGGGGGCCAAAGCCGUUCAGAUUUAUUAAUGCCUGGAUUUUACAUCCAGGUUUUUCUUCCAUUAUUAAGAAGUCAUGGGAGGAAUCGGUUUUUUCGGGGUGGGCAGGCUUUGUGAUUGUUAUGAAGCUUAGAAAUCUGAAAUUGGAUUUGAAGAAGUGGAACACAGAGGUGUUUGGGAAUGUGUCUUACUCUUUAAAAAAGGCUCAGGAGGAGUUGCAUGAGUGGGAUUUGGUGGCUGAAUCUAGAGAUUUGGGGGUUAAUGAAAUAGCUCGUAAAAGAGAGGUUAGGAGGCUAGUAUGGUCUUUGUCCAAAAAGGAAGAAUGGAUGUGGCUUCAAAAAUCCAGGUUGGAUUGGGCUAUGAAAGGGGACAAAAAUACAAGGUAUUUUCAUACCAUAGCUUCAAGUAGGUAG